GAGCCAGAGAGGGGUCACAACAAAAUGUGUGUCCCCGACUGAGGCAACAUUAUUUCCGCCCUGGCCCUGCUCCGUCCUGAGUGUGUUUGUGAGGAGUUUUAAAUGGACUCAAACACGAGUCGAAGCUGCUUGUUGUUGUGACUGACAACCGCCUAGUCCGCUCCUCACCGUCUGAACCGAAGCAGAGGAUGGAUGGAAACUUUCCCCUAGCUUCUCUCGCCUCAGUAGUCCUGCUAACUCUGUUGUUGUCAUCUUCUGCAGCUUUCCUGGAGCCUUACGACCUUUUAUACAAUAAUGCCGUUCAAGCGUUUUACAACAGCGACUAUGAAAACGUGGUGCGCUACAUGGAGGGAGCGCUCAGCAGCUACACUGAGGUCCGACGCACCAGAGUUCGGUGCCGGCUGAGGUGCCAAGACCAGCAUCCGUUUGAUGGGACCUUCACGGACCUGCGCUUCUUCGAUGUGGUGCUCCGGAGAGCAUCGUGCAUGAACAAAUGUAUUGAGGAGAAACUCGGCUCACAGUCUAUGCACAAAGUCAGUGAGGAUGUAGUCCAGGACUUCAACAGGAGGAUCCCCUACAACUAUCUACAACUGGCUUAUCAGAAGUUGAAGCAGCCAAGCAAAGCAGCAGCGGCAGCUCACACAUAUUUCCAGGCAAACCCUGAACAUGUGGAGAUGGGUCAGAACUUGGAGCAGUACAAAGACCUGCAGGGCGUGAAGGAGGAACACUUUGUGGACAGAGAGGCCCGGCCACACCAGCGCUCCUUCAUGGCAGCAGUGAAGCUGUAUGAUAAAGGCGACUAUGAAGGAGCCAUACUUCUCUUUGAGGAGGCUUUAGAGGAGUAUUUCAAAGCAGACGUGGAAUGUCGGGCCCUCUGUCAGUGGCCCCAGAGAUUUGAAGGCCACGACCACCUCCGCUACAAAUACAGCCUGCAUGAGUUAAUAUCAGAUCACUUCACUCAGGUUUUGCACUGUGAACACGAGUGUGUUCGAGAUCUCGCCACCCGGCCGGGUCGCCUCUCACCCAUGGAGAACUACCUGCCUCUGCACUAUGACUACCUGCAGUUCGCCUAUUACCAGGUGGACCGUCUAGAGGAGUCUUUACAGUGUGCUCUGACCUACCUGUUAUUCCAUGAGGAAGAGGAGUUUGUCACAGAAAAUGUGGAAUACUACAGAGAGAUGCUGGGUCACGACGGCAAGCCAAGAGAGGAGGUUGCGUGGUACCUGAGGAGACACAAACAGGAACUGGAGCUCCUCCUGAUUGGCAGUAAAACCAUGGGCGUGGAAUUUACUGAAGGGAAUUACUGGAGCAGUUCAGGGGGAAGAGAUGACUCAAACAGGAUUCCUUCUGGUACAGACGGCUGGAUGGAGUACGUCCCCAUAUCAGAGAAGAAAAACGUCACUAUUGCUGCUCCUCAGCAGUUCAAAGAAGGAGGCCCCUUGGUGUACGACAACGUGCAGCUGGUGCAGAACUCAGCAGCCUUGAACGGGACCCAGCGGGUGCUGCUGGAUCAUGUCAUCUCAGAGGAGGAGUGUUCAGACCUCAGACACUUGGCACAUGCCGUUACCAUGGCAGGAGAUGGUUACAGAGGGAGAAUGUCUCCACAUACUCCCAAUGAGAAGUUUGAGGGAGCUACUGUACUCAAAACCCUGCAGUAUGGCUAUGAGGGCAGAGUGCCAAUGAGGAGUGCCCGUCUGUUCUAUGAUACCAGUGAGCGAGCGAGACGGAUUAUAGAGUCAUACUUCCUCCUAAACUCCACCCUGCACUUCUCCUAUACACACCUGGUGUGUCGGACAGCCAUCACAGGCCAGCAGGACCACAGGAAUGACCUGAGCCAUCCAAUCCACGCUGACAACUGUCUGCUUGACCCUGAGGCCAACGAAUGCUGGAAAGAACCUCCAGCUUACACCUACAGAGACUACAGUGCAUUGUUAUAUCUCAAUGGAGAUUUUGAAGGAGGGGAAUUCAUCUUCACAGAAAUGGAUGCCAAAACAGUCACGGCAUCAGUGAAGCCUAAAUGUGGCAGGAUGGUGGGUUUCUCCUCAGGAGGAGAGAAUCCACACGGAGUGAAGGCCGUCACGAGUGGGCAGCGGUGUGCUGUUGCCCUGUGGUUCACACUGGACCCACUCUACAGAGAACUGGAGAGGCUGCAGGCGGACGAGGUGAUCCAGGCAUUGGACGUUCAGGCAGUGUGGGGUCAAGGCCUCAACAUCAACCCUAAAGAUGAACUUUGAACAAACAGCAAAAAAAAGAGAGAAAAAAAAACAUCCUACCCAAAUGCCUUCCAUCAAAUAUAUAUUUUAACUAUUUAUUGAAAUGAGCUUUGGAUCAGAACAUUUCUAUUUUUGUACUGUUUGAGGUGCAAGAUUUUUAAUGUUGUUUUGUGUUGUCAGUAAUAAUGUUUUGUUUCAUGUUCAGGACUUGAGUUUGUUUCCUUGCUUUUCCUUCCAGUGACAGUUUCUACUGGUGAAAGAAACCCUUAUCACUCAAAUUAGCAAUAUUAGGUGAAUCAGCAGCAGAGACUGAUUUAGUGUAAAACUACUCGUAUCUGUAAUCUCUCUGAACUGUGAAAACGCCAUAGAGAAGAACGGUGGAUAAAGACCUUUUUUUUUUUACUUUUUUGACAAAAUGUUCAAUGGGUUAUAUUCAAAAUAUACAGAUAUAAUGUGUCUCCUUUUAGUAGCCAGUAUUUAAAUGAUUUAAUCUGAAAUGGUACUUUUACAUUUUCUAGUACUCAUAAAACAACAUAAUUCAAUACUGUUUUUAUAUUUAAGUGCCAGUAAUACUUCCUCUGACUGUAGGCAGUGCACUGUUCUUCUAACUUGUGUAUCUGAUAAAACAUUAGGAAAGAGAUCUGUUCUAAUAUGCUGAAUAUUUAAUGAUCCUGCACUCUCUUUCCGUGUGUGUGUGUGUAUGUGUGUGUGUGGGGGUGUGUGUGUAUGUGUGUGAUCUGAAACUGAAAAUUGCUUCAGUAACUCACUUUGUCCACUUUACCCUCUUAGUUUUGUUGUUUGUUUUGUUGUUGUUUGUAACUUUUUCUGGGCACAAGGAGCACAAGACUGGUUUAAAUGUUCACUGACACGAGGCAUAUGUGUUUUUUGUUUUAUUUAUGUCUUCUAUUAAUUGACAGCUGCUGCUGUAACUGUCUGCAUUUUAUAAGAUGAGCUUUUAUUCAUAAAAGAUAUCUAUUGUUCCUGUUUAAAGGAAUAUAAAUCUAUGUAUUUGUUCAGCCUUAUAUGUCUUUAUAUUUGUGUUGAUGAUAAUGGUGAUAGGCCAAGUCGUGCACUGUAAAUCCAAUGGAGGGGAACAUAUAAGGGUAGCAUUUUUUCCUACAUAGAUCAAACUGCUAACCAGAAACAUAGUCCUGUUGUUUUGAAAAGGUUGGCCACUUUUGUUUCACUGAGGUUUGAUUCUGAAAUGCUGUAGCACAAAAAGUGUAUGUGUACAUGCCUAUAAAUUAAAUAUUUGAUAUUCAACACUUGUA